GCACCCUGUCAAUACUGAGCUGUAUAUAAUAGAGAAGCAUGAACGAGGAGAACCAUACUGAGAGCCUUGUCAAUCCAAAAUCAACCUAUUCGUGUUCUUAGAGAAAGAGACAAAAUGUGUGGCACCACUGAUCAGAACCCUAACCCUGCAACCCCUAACAAAACACCGUCAGCUAAUGGCAAUGGCACAACAAGGUCCAGCGUUUCACCUGACACUGUCCUCAAUCUCGAACAGGGUGACCCAACAAUGUUCGAACCGUACUGGAAAAAGAUGGGGGACAAGGGUACGAUGGUGAUCUCCGGCAGCCAGUGGAUGAGCUAUGUCAGCGAUUUCACCAACAUCUGCUUUUUUAUGGAGCCAGAAUUUGAGGGUGCGGUUAGAAGACUUCAUCGGACGGUUGGGAAUGCUGUGGUGGACGGCCGUCACAUUGUGGUGGGGACAGGCUCCACGCAGCUCUACCAGGCGGCGCUGUAUGCUCUCACUUCUCCUGGUGGGGCUGAGCCGAUCAGUGUCGUGUCUGCCGCUCCUUACUACUCGUCAUAUCCAGACGAGACAGACUAUCUCCGUUCAGGGCUUUACAGAUGGGCAGGUGAUGCGUAUGCCUUUGAUAAGAAGGGACAUGGAGAUUACAUAGAGGUGGUGAACACUCCAAACAACCCAGAUGGUACUAAUCGGAAAGCCGUGGUGAAAUACAGACCAGAUGAUCAAGUUCAAGGGAAGCUUAUUCAUGACCUUGCCUACUAUUGGCCUCAAUACACUGCCAUUACUGCUCCUCUCGAUGAAGACAUUAUGUACUUCACAUUUUCAAAAAGCACGGGACAUGCUGGUUCCCGUAUUGGAUGGGCUAUCGUGAAGGACAAAGAGAUUGCUAAGAAGAUGGCUAAAUUCGUAGAGCUGAGUACACUUGGUGUGUCCAAGGUUUCUCAGCACCGAGCUGCAAAGUUAAUGGGAGUGAUUUGUGAUGGCUAUCAAAAUUGCAAGGCCAAAAACUCUGAGCUCUUCUUUGAGCACUGCCAGAACCUCAUGGCUCAAAGAUGGGAGAGGCUGAGAGAAGUGGUCGAGCGCAGUGAAAUUUUCAGUCUGCCCAAGUAUGCCAAAGAGUACUGCCUCUUUUCUGGAGAAUUCAAUGAAUCACAUCCAGCAUUUGCGUGGUUGAAGUGCAAGGAAGACAUAGACUUGGAGAAGUUUAUAAGAGGAUGCAUCAAAGUGCAAGGAAGAACAGGGAGGAAGUUUGGGAGUGAUCAAAAGUAUUUAAGGCUUAGCAUGCUGAGCAAGGAUGAGGUUUUCGACCAGUUCUUGGAGAGAUUGUCAACUAUUAAAGCCAUUAGUAAUGGGUAUUAAACCGCAGUAUUCUAGCUUCUCAGGAAUAAUAUGAACUGUAGUUCUAUUUAUAGUUUUAUAGCAACCCUGAGAAGGAUGAUAAGGGUAUUUUGUAUGGUGAUCUUGAGCAAGGAUUAGGUUUUUGAUCAGUUCUUCGAGAGAUUAUCGAUCAACUGUUAUAGAAUGGCCAUUAAUCCACAGUAUUCUAGCUUUCAGAAAUAAUAUGAAGCCUACA